AAUAUUAUCUUCCUCGCCAGAUGUCGGAACCAGAUAUUACAUCGAACAUUUCUGACACUUCGGACGAGCCUCCUCUCGACGAUAUCAACUUGCAUACGGACCCUCGUAUACAAUGGCUGAAGAACCGCAUCCUCACAGCUAUAGGCAUGGAUGAUGACGAACUGUUCUAUAAUAUGUUCGACAAGGAGAAGAAAGAUAAACUAGUUACGUUUGUCACAAGUGCCUUAAAGGCUAAUGAGUUGUCGCUGGACAAAAGAACGUUCUACGUCACCAAGAUUAUCGUGGACAAACUUAUUUAUGAAGACAAGGAGUUUACUGAAUGGAGAAUAAUUCCACCGCCACCUCCGCCGCCACCAGUAGAGAAGAAAGGGAAAGGAAAGGGUAAGAAAGGGAAAGAACCACCUCCAGAACCACCACCAGAGCCAAUAGCCGGAGAAGCAGAAGGAGAAGAACCAGUAACGGCGAAAAGCAUGAAGAGCAUGAAAAGUAUGAAGAGCGUGAAAAGCAUGAAAAGUGUUAAAAGCGUCAAAAGUGUUAAAGUUGUAGAAGAGGAGCCUGAAGAAGAGCCUGAAGAGGUACAAUCAAGUGCCGUUGAAGAUGUAACUGUAACUGAAGAAGAACUGAAAUCAGACGGCGAAGACGAACCAUUAGUGGAAGAAGAGGAAAGGCCUUAUAUACGAGCAGAAGAUAUGUACAGCUUUCCCCCACCACCAGAAGACUUGGAUCCAUUGGUCGAUGGAACUCUUGAAUUCUAUACAGUCGUUAAAGCUAUACCACGUAUCAUCCAGUACCCGAAGCUUAUCCCAAUAUUUGGGGCCUUCACUCCCCAAGUGACGCAUCGCAACAGGCGGUACCUGUACUUCAUCAGACUGGCACCCGAAGGCAUUCCCCUGAACAAAACCAAUGAAAUCACUCAACUUGAAAUGCCUCAAUAUCUCCUCUUUGGAUCCACCACUGGAAAGGUGCUGACCAGCUUGGGGCAGCAUUUGAAAGAGUCAUUCAUCCCGCUGUUCAACCGUCAGUUCCGCGAUGUCACGAUACUGACGAGUUCCAAGGAUUCCACUCAUUCUAUACACAGUCUAUCGCGCCAAGUCUCCUACGCCGGAGGGCAUCACAAAAUGGAGGAGAGCGCGUCUCAGGUGAAUUAUCUUCGACCGUCGGACUAUCGCAGAAUGUCCAACAUAGCAAGAGGAGAAAAUGCUGAAACGAGGAUCAAGAAUAUGCGGUCGGCAUCCGUCGUAAUAGAAAAAAUGCCUUUGAGAACACACUCAGAAAUAGAUGCGGUUUUGGAAGUUAUGUUUGGAGAGGAAGGAGUAACUACCGCUCAAGAAGUUAUAGCUGACAUUAAAAAUCUUGUUUCUAUUGUAGAUUGGACUAUAGAACACAUUGAGGGUGAGAUCCAGCUACCCAUGCCAGUAAUACCGAUGCUAACUGAGGAGCAACCGCCUGGUACAUUUCUGACACUGGAACCAGAGCUGAUUAAGCAACUCGAAGAAGCAGUGAUGUUAUGGCAGUCUCAUAUUGAUACUACAAUAUCUGCUUGCUUGGCUAAGAGUCGCGAAGGCAUGGGGCCAGUCGCAGAGUACAAAUACUGGCGCGAGCGAGACGCUGAGAUAUCCCUGAUAGUUGAACAACUGAAACAACCAAUGGUAGUGAAGAUAUUAUCGUUGCUUCAGAAGUGUGACUCUACAUAUUUAGAGGGAUUCAACAAUUACAAAGAGAGACUCCUUGAACAGUUCAAUUUGGCUGGGGACAAUCUCAAAUUUUUGUCGACCCUGAUGCGCUUCUUUACUGUAAUAGAAGACGAUUCGUCUCUCCAACAAGUAGUGGACAUGAUGCCUGAACUCAUGGAGAGCCUGUACAUGAUGUGGGUGCUGUCCAAGGGUUACAGGUCUGAUGAGACCAUGGUGCCUCUUAUGGCGAGGAUAUCCUGGGCACUGAGUGAUAAGCUGGAGAGAUUCCUGAAUGUUCACAAGCUGUUUGAUAAACACAACGAAAAGAUCCUAAGCCUAGCAAGGACAGGACAAAAGAUAAUGGAGAUGUGGCACUCACUGUACAAGGAGACUCGACACAACAUAGAAAUGAGUGGCAAAGGCGCACGAUGGGAAUUUGAUCAGCCAUAUCUGUUUACAACGACUGAUUAUAUAGGCACUGUUGCCCGAGAUUUGGGUGAUGUCGUGCAGGUACUAAUAGACUUCGAGCGAAUAUUCGGGUCUGAGCUCAAAUCCAUCAUCAGCGACCCUACUCAAAUCGACGACGUUCGUAAACGAGUCAAGAAUCUUGUUUAUCCCAUUCGAACCAUAGACUUUAGUAUAUUCGUUUUUGAUAAUAAAGAAAACUGGGACGUUAUUAUGGGCGAUUUCUGGAACGAGGUGCGGUAUUUGGAAGAGGAAGCGAAGAAUUAUAUAAAUUCUAGCUUUGGUAAUUUGAGGUCCUCAGAGGAAGCACUAACGGUGUUGCUGAAAUUUCUCGAGUUCGAUCUACGAGAGUCUAUCCACAAGCAGCUCUCCACCAAAUUUGAGCUCGUGAUGCGACAAUUCAUCAAGGAGAUCACUGCUAUUGAAGACAAAUUCACUCGAUACCGCAAAAACCCUCCGCUUCUCCGCAACCAUCCCCCUGUAGCUGGAGCUAUCUACUGGGCCAGAGCUCUGUUCAACAAAAUGAAACAGCCGAUAAUGAGGUUCCAGAAGGUGCCUGAGUUGAACGAUUGCGAGCAGAAGAAAGAGGCAUUUCUACAAUACAAAGCCUUCUCCAAAGUGAUAAAGGAAUACGAAGACACCAAGUACAAGGAGUGGGUUCACAAUGCGUCUCUAUUCGUAGAUAAUGUCAUGAAGAGGAACAUAUUGCGAGUGGUCUUCAAGAAAGAAGAAGAGCCCGCAGCGCCAUCCGGUGGCGGUCGAGGCAUGCAGCUGACAGCUGCCGGCAAGGCCCACGUAGCCAAGAAGAAAGCCUCCGUGAUGUCCCUACGGCCAGCUGAUAUAGUGAAUAAAGAAAUUGCCGAGAAACGCAAGAGGGAUAAAGCAUUGAUGCUGAUGAGGAUCCCUGGACAACAUUACGAGAACGUCAGAUCACCAAGCUCUGUGUCAUUGUUGGCUAAAGAAGGACUGACCGACGUUACUUGGCGGGACCUGACUGUCCACAAGCUGAUGCAAGAAUAUCAGUUGGAGUUCACUCCUAACUUCGAUAAGGAAAUAUUUUUGGUAAUUCAUGAGGCUGAACUUAUGGAGCAACUGGGGUAUGAACUGCCAUCCAACAUUCGAGAUGUUUCAAUGCAAAAGGCUCGUCUAUACUAUGAACUUGAGGCGCUAGAGGACGUGAUUUCUAAGUACAACGCUGGUUGUUCCUCACUCUCACCAUCUGAGACGCAUUUGAUGAAAAAGCACUUACUUGACAUGGAACGCCAUAUCUUGCCGGGGUUAACUCGCGUAACUUGGACGGCACUUGGCAUUAAUGAUUAUAUCAAGGAUAUCACUAAAGGUCAAAAUUCCUUGCAAGCAGUAUACAAGCAACUGAAAAUGGUGGAAAAAGAGAUACAGUUUCUAAUCGAUCAGCUACAACAAUUCGAUUUAUUCCCGCUGGUUCGCCCCACUGACUAUGUUGAUCCAGAUACAGGACUGCCUGAUGAUACUUGGCUUUACCCAUGCAAGACCUACUUCGUGGAAGUGGAAAACGAACGUCUAGAGCGAAUAGCAAUCCUUUCACGUAUUUAUGACCGCGUCGGCCCCAUUCUGAUGAAGCUGGAGUAUCUCAUUCUGGGAACGAGCACGGGGAAAUCUAGCGUCAUGACUGCUUACUACUCUUAUUGGGAGAAGAAGAUUUUCAAGUCGAUUGUCACGUUCACCAUAGAGAACUUGGAGCAGUUCCAACGAAUGCUCAGCGAGAAGACGCCAAUGUUUCAAGUGGACGCCAUCCUGGUUCCUCCCGAUAUCACCAUGAGGCCCACUUCAGCUGAGUGCUGCAAUAUACUCGGCUACGACAUCAAACACUUUCUCAACAGAUUAACGUCAUUCCCUCGCUGGAUGUUGAAGACCUGUCUACCUUGCCCCCCGCAGCGUAUCGCCGAAGCAACUGGCAAUGAGUUCUAUGUGUUCUCUUAUUUUGAAGAUGUACUCCGAGUGGUCACUGUCAAUGAUCUCACGCUGCUCAUACAGGAUACUAUAUAUAGGCUGACACAGGAUAUCAAUACAUACAUUCAGAAGUGGCAUAAGUACCAGCACCUCUGGGCUUUCGACAAGAACCUCUCCUGCGAGAAGUACAUACAGAAACACGACCAAAUUCACAAAUAUGAUGAGAAGUUCUUCUUCUUUGAAGAUAUCAUCGCGGAACUGGAUGCUCAUGUGAAAUUUGUUGAUAUUGGAGCUAUACGAGUUAACCUUAGGCCUAUUAUAAAACAAGUGCAAGAUCAUGCACUUGAAUGGAAGAAUACUUUGGGUCAAUGCAUCGCUACUAAGACUCGAAUGAAUAUGUAUGAUUUAAAGAAUCAAAUUGAUUCCCUACGCGCAACUAUGAACAUGAAUAUAAAAGGACUGGAAGAUUUUAAACUGGUGAUGGCUACUAUUACCCUGGUACAAGCAAUGACCAUCACUGCUGAGGUGAAAUACCGUGGCAUGCAAGAAAUAUUCCAUAUGCUGCGUCAACAUGGCAUCGAUGUUUCAGACGAAGAUCUAGAAUUUGCGAAGAACCUCCAAACUUCUUGGGGUAACCUAUACCAAACAUCAUUAUUCCGAGGAAACACACUUGAACAGACUACAGAAAAGUUCUCAAAACUUAAUGUCAUUGAGAUAUCUAACUUCCUCAAAGAACUCGAUGAAUUUGUUGAAAAAUUUGACGCAGAAGGACCAGCUACUGUUGGCGAAGAUAUGGACAGAGGCCUGCUGCUUAUGGAGGAAUACCAGAAAUAUUUUGACGAGCUUGAAUCCCGCAAGAAAAUGCUCCAAGCAGCAGAGCAACUCUUCGACAAUCCUCUCGCGGAUUUCUCAAACUUCAAUAGAGCAAAAUCGGAUUUCAUGGCAAUGGAGCAAAUCUACAAAAUUUACAAGGCGCAGAAGAAUGCCAGAGAAAUUUGGGCUAAAACUCUGUGGAUAAAUUUAAAUCCACAAGCCCUCGUUGACGGUAUUGAGCAGUUCUUCAAGGAAUAUAGAAAACUACCAAAAGUAGUUCGUCUAUCUCCUACUGGCUUGAUGUUGGACAUCAAGAUGAAACAAUUUAAAGGCGUGGUACCCCUCAUGGUGUCUCUUAAAAACGAGGCUAUGCGUGAGAGACAUUGGAAGGAAUUAAUGCAUAAAACUAAUCAGGACUUCGACAUGUCUCCGGAUCGAUUCACCCUCGAGAACAUGUUUGCUAUGGAACUACACAAAUAUCAAGAUGUGGCUGAAGAAAUUGUGAACCACGCUAUAAAGGAAUUAGCCAUUGAACGCGGAGUCAAAGACGUACAAGAAACGUGGGCCAACAUUGCGUUCACUUGCGCCCGCCAUUUCAAUAGAGGUGAAGACCGCGGAUACACUCUGAACCCCUGCGAUGAAGUAGUGGUGAAACUUGACGACGAUGCUAUGAACUUGCAGAGCAUGGCUGCUUCUCAGUUUAUCGGUCCAUUCCUCUCAGUUGUACAUACAUGGGACCGUCGCCUUGCAUUAAUAUCGGAGGUGAUUGAGGAAUGGAUGGCAACUCAGAGAAAGUGGCUGUACCUUGAAGGAAUCUUCGUCGGUGGAGACAUUCGGAUGCAACUUCCUGAAGAAGCUAAGAAGUUUGAUGAUAUCGACAGGGCGUUCAGAAAGAUAAUGCUAGAUACGGCCAAGCGACUAAACGUUGUAGACUGCUGCACAAUUCCGGGAAGACUGGAAGAAUUCAUAAAUCUGGGAUUAGGCCUACAAAAAUGCCAAAAGUCUUUAAACGACUAUCUGGAUUCGAAGCGACGAAUUUUCCCGCGGUUCUUCUUCAUAUCUACGGAUGAGCUUUUGUCCAUCCUGGGAAGCAGCGAGUGUAGCUGCGUUCAGGAGCAUAUGAUUAAGAUGUUCGAUAACAUUCGAGCUUUAGAUCUCUAUGUGGAUCAUACAAACCGCCCGGUCGCGGCCAAGAUGGUAUCUGCAGAGGGAGAGUUAAUGGACUUCCGCUACGUAGUUUACACUGAAGGUCGCGUUGAAGACUGGAUGAACUUGGUUCUAUUAGAAAUGAGGUCCACUAAUAAAUUUAUAACGAAGAAAGCGAUAUUUUACUAUGGCAGAAAUUGGAGAGUACCUAGAACCGAUUGGAUCAUGGAAUACCAAGGCAUGGUGUGCCUCGCUGCAAACGGGGUGUGGUGGACGGCGGAGACCGAGGAGACCUUCUACAGGAUCAAGAAGGGAAACAAACGGGCUAUGAAGGAGCACCUUCAGCAGCAGAACGAACAACUGGAUGGGCUGGUCGUGAAAGUGCGACAGGAUCUGACGUCCAACGAUCGUCUGAAAUUCCGAACGAUCACAACUAUUGAUGUCCACGCGCGUGACAUCAUCGAAGGUUUUGUGAGAGACAACGUGACCGAAGCAGCGGAGUUCGAAUGGGAGAGCCAGCUACGGUUCUACUGGCUCAAGAAGGACGACAACUUGUGGAUUAGACAGUGCACGGGCGUGUUUGAAUACGGCUACGAGUACAUGGGUCUAAAUGGUCGGCUAGUGAUCACACCACUGACUGACAGAAUCUACCUCACCAUCACCCAAGCUCUUACUAUGCAGCUAGGAGGAGCUCCCGCUGGUCCCGCCGGAACAGGCAAGACAGAAACCACAAAGGAUUUGGCCAAAGCAUUAGGCCUUCUAUGCGUAGUGACAAACUGUGGUGAAGGCAUGGACUUCCGAGCCGUGGGACAGAUUCUGGCUGGACUGUGCCAGUGCGGAGCUUGGGGCUGCUUUGAUGAGUUCAACAGAAUUGACAUUUCAGUGUUGUCAGUGAUAUCAACACAGUUGCAGUGCAUUAGAAGCGCAUUGUUGAUGAAAUUGAAACGGUUCACGUUUGAAGGGCAGGAAAUAGCAAUGGACAGCAAAGUAGGGAUCUUUAUCACCAUGAACCCUGGAUACGCUGGACGCACCGAGCUGCCAGAGUCUGUUAAGGCGCUGUUCAGACCUGUCGUUUGCAUACUUCCGGAUUUGGAGAUGAUCUGCCAGAUUUCGCUUUUCUCUGACGGCUUCCUUACUGCAAAGGUUCUUGCAAAGAAAAUGACGGUAUUGUACAAAGUAGCAAGGGAACAACUAUCUAAGCAGUCUCACUACGACUGGGGGCUCCGUGCUCUGACAGCAGUCCUGCGGAUGGCUGGCAAGCUGCGGAGAGAUUCGCCUGGUCUCAGUGAGAUCAUGGUGCUGAUGCGUGCUCUACGAGAUAUGAACCACCCCAAAUUCGUAUUUGAAGACGUCCCACUCUUCCUGGGUUUGAUCAAAGAUCUGUUCCCUGGUUUGGAAUGCCCACGCGUAGGAUAUCCCGAGUUCAAUGCUGCUGUGGUGGAUGUGCUUGAGAAAGAUGGAUUUAUAGUUCUUGAUCAUCAGGUUGAUAAAGUAGUACAACUGUACGAGACAAUGAUGACCCGUCAUUGCUCGAUGCUGGUCGGUCCGACUGGCGGAGGGAAGUCGGUUAUCCUACAGACGCUUGUCAAGGCUCAGACCAAUCUCGGUCUGCCAACCAAACUCACGGUAGUAAAUCCCAAGGCUUGCUCUGUAAUAGAACUUUACGGUAUUUUAGACCCAGUCACUAGAGACUGGACUGACGGCUUGUACUCUAAGAUUUUUAGAGAAAUGAACAGGCCCGCAGAAAAAGACGAACGUCGCUAUUCCCUAUUCGACGGAGACGUAGACGCUCUUUGGAUCGAGAACAUGAACUCUGUAAUGGAUGACAAUAAACUUCUCACCCUGGCUAACGGCGAGCGUAUUCGACUAGCCCCAUACUGCUCACUGCUGUUUGAAGUGGGAGAUCUCAAUUAUGCGUCACCUGCUACGGUGUCUAGAGCUGGAAUGGUAUUUGUAGACCCGAAGAAUUUGGGUUACCAACCGUAUUGGGACAAAUGGCUUCGAUCCCGGAACAACGAAGAGGAACGCGAGCAACUGUCUUCCCUCUUCGAGCACUAUGUCCCCGGGGCUAUAAACUACAUAGUAUUCGGCAUGUUCGGUCUCCAGCAACAGACGCCUCUGAAGACAAUCGUUCCACAGACCCCACUGAAUCUGGUGGUGCAACUCGCCUAUAUGAUCAGCGGGCUGAUGCCCAACAAGGAGGAUAUGAAUGAGGAGGUCGAUUCAACUGUCGUCGAAUGCGUCUUCAUGGUGUCUAUGUACAACAGCCUCGGCGCCGCCAUAGUCGACGACGGGCGGUUCGACUUCGACAACUACAUCAAGAAAGCCUGCCCGAUGAUGCUGGUCGAGGAUUCUCCGGAGAAGAAGGCCACAACCAAGCAUUUCCCAAUGGGUUUCCCGACGCUAUACGACUAUUGCCUAGAGCUGUCCACUAGGACGUGGGAAGCCUGGGAGUGGUUGGUUCCCAGUUAUGAACACGACCGGGACAUGAAGUUCCCAGCUAUCCUGGUUCCCACUGUGGACACGUUACGACUCACGUGGCUAAUCAAGAUUAUGGAGAGCGUUGAACGGCCAGUCCUGCUAGUAGGCGAUACAGGAACAUCCAAAACCGCCAUUAUUACCAACUAUCUGCGAGGAUUGCCAGCAGAAAAAUAUCUUAUCACCCAACUAAACUUCUCGUCUCGAACAUCAUCUAUGGACGUGCAGAGGACCCUAGAAUCAGUGGUGGAGAAGCGAAGCAAAGACACAUUCGGCCCCCCAAUCGGCAAGAAGAUGCUGGUCUUCAUUGACGAUAUGAAUAUGCCUAUUGUGGACACUUACGGAACCCAACAGCCCAUAGCUCUUCUGAAGCUGCUGUUUGAGAGGAAAGGCUUCUACGACCGCGGCAAAGAUCUUAACUGGAAGAACCUGAAGGAUAUAGGGUUCCUCGCCGCCAUGGGGAAAGCUGGCGGUGGUAGGAAUGAUGUGGAUCCUCGCUUCAUAUCAAUGUUUUCGGUGUACAACCUCCAGUUUCCCUCGGAGACAACCCUGCGACACAUUUACGUGUCUAUCCUUAAAGGCCAUUUCGAGAUAUUCCCUCAGGAGAUUCAAGAUAUCGUUGACAAGAUCGUGCAAAUGACACUGGACUUGUACAAGAUAAUAAUCGUGGAGCUGCCACCGACGCCGGCUAAAUUCCACUACAUCUUCAACCUCCGCGACCUGUCCCGAGUCGCGGCCGGCAUGUGUCUCACGCACCCGAACUUCUUCAGCGAGAAGAAAGCCGUAGUCAGGUGCUGGAGAAACGAGUUCACCAGGGUCAUCUGUGAUCGACUUAUCAACACACAGGACAAUGAUUUGAUGAGAACUUAUAUGCAAGAACAUGUUGUCAAAUACUUCCCUGAAGAAGAACCAGUCGUUCUCGAAGAGAUUGUGGUCGCUGAAGAGGAUUUAGUAAUCGCCGAUGAGGAAGAUGAAUUUGGAGAACCCAUAGUGAAGCCAGAAACGACACAGGUAAAAGAGGAAGAACAAGCCAUCGAGGAGGAAGAAGAGGAAGAAGUUGAGAAAGAAUUAACGCUGGAAGAAUAUGUGCAUCGGGAUCCGCUGCUCUUUGGGGACUACAGAAACGCGCUAGAUGAAGAGGAAAUUCGCUACUAUGAGGAUCUACUAGACUACGAAGCUGUUUAUUUCCUAUUCCAAGAGAUUCUCGAUGAAUUCAACGAGCGCGUUGGCAAAAUGUCAGUUGUUCUGUUCGAAGACUGCCUGGAGCACUUGACGAGAGUGCACCGUAUUCUGAGGAUGGACCGCGGGAACGCCAUGAUCAUUGGUGUUGGUGGCUCGGGCAAAAAGUCCAUCUGUCGGCUUGCUGCUUUCGCUGCAGGAUGCGAGAUGUUUGAAAUAACGGUUACUCGAAACUACAACGAGAACACGUUUAAAGACGACAUGAAGCGUAUGUACAACCAGCUCGGAGUGGACGGCAAGAAAACAGUCUUCUUGUUCACGGCGGCUCAGAUCCUGGAGGAAGGUUUCUUGGAGUUUAUCAACAACAUCCUGAUGAUCGGCAUGAUCCCAGCGCUCUUUGGUGAUGAUGAAAAGGACGCUAUCAUCAACGCGGUGCGCAACGAGUGCAAUGAGGCUGGAUUUGGAGUGGCCAAGGAUGCUGUGUGGAAUUUCUUCUGCAACAAGUGUGCGGACAAUCUCCACGUAGUGCUGUCGAUGUCACCCAGUGGUGAUAUUCUGAGGAAUCGGUGUCGAAGUUUCCCAGGCUUGGUGAAUAACACCACGAUUGAUUGGCAGUUCCCGUGGCCAAAGCAAGCUUUAUUGGCUGUCGCAAAUGUGUUUCUAGCUGAUAUUCAGAAAAUCCCUGACGAAUUCCGCUCCAUAAUAGUGGAGCAUGUCGUCCAUGUUCACAUGUCCGUGGCUCGAUACUCUGUGGAGUUCCUCAUGCGUCUACGCAGGAACAAUUACGUAACGCCAAAACACUACAUGGACUACCUCACGAAUUAUAUCUCGCUGCUCAAUGAGAAGGACUCUUUUAUAGUUGCUCAGUGCGAGCGUCUAAUAGGAGGUUUAGCCAAAAUUGAAGAAGCUAACGUCCAGUUGGAGGAUUUGAAUGCAAAAUUAGCUGUGCAGAAAGUUAUCGUCGCUGAACAGACCAAGGAAUGCGAAAUAUUGCUGAAAGAAAUCUCCACUGCUACUGAAGCUGCAGUCAGUAAGCAACAAGUUGCAGCCAUUAAGUCAGUCGAGAUCACAGAGCAAAGUGUGAUAAUUUCUGCGGAGAAAGCCGAUGCUGAAGAGGCUCUAUCAGCAGCAAUGCCGGCUCUAGAGGCAGCUAGAUUGGCUCUAGCUGAUUUAGAUAAGAAUGACAUCACUGAAAUUCGAUCCUUUGCCACUCCACCAGAAGCCGUACAGGUUGUGUGCGAGUGCGUGGUAAUUAUUCGGGGCAUAAAGGACGUAAGUUGGAAAGGAGCGAAGGGUAUGAUGGCCGACCCCAAUUUCUUGCGGAAUCUUCAAGAGAUGAACUGCGAUCUGAUCACUCAGAAACAAGUGAAAGAUGUCAAAGCUCAUAUGAAAAAAAGCAAAAAACUGGAAACAAUGCAGCAAAUCAGUAAAGCAGGGUAUGGUCUGCUGAAAUUCGUGAUUGCUGUCCUUGGAUACUGCGCCGUAUACAAAGAGGUUAAACCCAAGAAAGACAAAGUAGAAGCUUUAGAGAAAGAAUAUACUGAAGCCGUCAACUAUUUGGCAUCUCUGAACCGAGAAAUAGAUCGACUUCAAAGAACUUUAGAUGGGUUGAAUCAAAAAUAUGAUACAGCCAUGUUAAGGCGUCAGGAGCUGCAAGAAGAGACUGAUAUUAUGUUGCGAAGAUUAGUAGCUGCGGAUAAACUUAUGUCUGGUUUGUCUAGUGAACAAAAGCGAUGGACAAUAGAUUUGGCCGCAUUAUACGUUGAGCAGUCUCGACUUAUCGGGAAUUGUUUGCUGGCCGCUUCAUUUUUGAGUUACGCAGGGCCGUUCUCUUUCUCUUUUCGUGAGAUGAUGAUUUAUGAAGAUUGGCUAGGAGACGUUAUGGAGCGAGGGAUACCAUUAACAGAGCCAUUUACGAUUGAGAGGAACUUGACCAAUGAGGUUGAGAUAAGCGGAUGGAAUUCGGAGGGAUUGCCUCCAGACGAACUGUCCGUUCAAAACGGCAUCCUGACAACUCGAGCGUCUCGGUUCCCACUUUGUAUAGACCCGCAGACUCAAGCUCUUACUUGGAUUAAGAAGAAGGAGGCUAAAAAUAAUCUAAAGGUUCUAUCAUUCAACGACCCACAGUUCCUGCGCCAGCUGGAGAUGGCCAUCAAGUACGGCAUGCCGGUCCUCUUUCAGGAUGUCAACGAGUACAUUGAUCCCGUCGUCGAUAAUGUACUUGAGAAGAAUAUUAAAGUGGAGAGCGGUCGCACAUUCGUGAUGCUUGGCAGCAAUGAAGUGGACUACGACCCCAACUUCCGCAUGUACCUCACCACUAAGCUCGCCAACCCGCAGUUCAACCCCGCCGCUUACGCCAAAGCUGUCGUCAUCAACUACACAGUCACAGUCCAGGGUCUGGAAGACCAGCUUCUAAGCGUAGUAGUCCGAGCAGAGCGUGCCGACCUUGAAGAGCAGCGAGAAAGUCUCAUUAUAGAGACCAGUGCUAACAAGAGUCUGCUCUCUGGACUCGAAGACUCCUUGCUCAGAGAACUGGCGACAUCUACCGGCAAUAUGUUGGAUAAUGUGGAGCUGGUUGUCACUCUGGAGAAUACCAAAUCUAAGGCCGGAGAGGUGAUGGAAAAAUUAGCGCUUGCAGAAUCGACGACAAAGGAUAUUGAAAAGCUUAGAGAUGGCUACAGGCCAGUGGCUAAACGCGGCUCCAUUCUGUUCUUCGUGCUGUCAGACAUGGCAGGCGUCAAUAGCAUGUACCAGUACUCGUUGUCUUCGUACCUAGAUGUGUUUUCAUUCGCCCUCCGAAAAGCUAUGCCGAACGUGAUUCUCGCCAAACGUCUCAGAAAUAUCAUUGACAUGCUUACUAAAAACGUUUACGACUACGGAUGUACUGGUAUAUUCGAACGGCACAAGCUACUAUUCUCCUUCCAAAUGGACAUCAAGCUGCAACAAAGCGAGUCACUGGUCAGUCAGAUGGAGUUGGACUUCUUUAUCAAAGGAAAUGUCGCUUUAGAGAAGUCGCCACGAGCUUCACCAGCUGCAUGGAUACCGGCACAGGGAUGGCAAGAUAUAAUGAAACUGAGUAUCGACUUCCCUGCGUUCAGCGACCUACCCGACAACAUCAGCAAAAAUCUCGAUGAUUGGCAGGAGUGGUUUGACAGCGACACACCAGAGUCCAACGAGAUUCCUAACAAUUACCGUGAAAUCCUUCAACCUUUCGAGCUGCUAAUGCUGCUGCGGUGUUUCCGAGUGGACAGGAUCUACCGCGCGCUCACUGACUACAUCACGGUCACGAUGGGCGAGGAGUACAUCACUCCGCCUGUUAUAAGUUUGGACAUGAUAGUGGAGCAGACGACGCCAUUCACUCCGGUAGUGUUCAUCCUAAGUCCUGGAUCAGAUCCGACUGCUGAUCUGAUGAAGUUGGCUGACCGCUGUGGCUUCGGCGGUGGGAAGUUCAAGUACCUUUCACUGGGGCAAGGCCAAGAAGGAGCGGCGCUAGCUUUACUUGAAGGGGCAAUUUCGCACGGACAGUGGUUGAUACUACAAAAUUGCCAUCUUCUCGUGUCCUUCCUCCGAGAACUGGAAAAACAGCUCGAAUUGAUGGAGAAACCACAUCCAGAAUAUCGCCUUUGGUUGACUACGGACCCCACGCCUACAUUCCCUAUUGGUAUCCUGCAAAGAUCACUGAAGGUGGUAACGGAGCCACCUAACGGCUUGAAAUUAAAUCUUCGAAACACCUAUUUCAAAAUGCGUCCGCACGCAUUGGAAGAGUGUCCUCACCCGGCGUUCAAGAAACUAGUCUAUGUACUUGCUUUCUUUCAUGCUGUUGUUCAGGAACGGCGCAAAUACGACAAGAUUGGUUGGAACAUAUCAUAUGACUUCAGCGAGUCUGACUUCGUGGUGUGCAUGCAGAUCCUGCAGUGCUACCUCGAGCGCUGCCAGGCCGCCAAAGGACCCAUACCUUGGGCCACGCUCAAAUAUCUCUUUGGAGAGGUGAUGUAUGGCGGGCGAGUGAUCGACGAUUUCGACCGUCGUGUCGUGCGCACGUACAUGGAGGAAUACAUGGGGGAGUUUCUCUUCGACAAGUUCCAGCCUUUCCACUUCUAUAAGGACGCUGUGUUUGAUUAUGUCAUACCUCCGGAUGGCGAGCGAGAGGAGUAUAUUGAAUUUAUCGACGUCCUACCCCUGGCCAACACGCCGGAGGUGUUCGGCCUCCACCCCAACGCAGAGAUCGGCUACUUCAGCCAGGCCGUGCGCGAGAUGUGGGGGCACCUCAUCGAACUACAACCACAGACCAGCGAGGGUGGCGGGGCAAUGAGUCGAGAGGACUUCAUCGACACGAUCGCAGUGGACGUACUCAGCAAGUUACCAGCGCUCUACGAGAUAUGGCGCGUGCGCAAGCAGUUCGAGAUGAAUAUAACGCCCACGCUUGUGGUGUUACUGCAGGAAUUGGAGAGAUUCAACCGUCUCAUCAGCCGCAUGCGCAGCACCUUAUCCCUCCUCCGCAAAGCGUUGGCAGGCGAGAUCGGCAUGGAUGCGGUCCUAGACAACGUCUCCUACAGCCUUUUCAAUGGACAAUUGCCUCAAGUAUGGCGAUCUCUUGCUCCGGCCACUUGUAAAGGGUUAGGAGGAUGGAUGGACCACUUCAUUGCUAGGACUAAGCAGUACUCAGACUGGGCUACAAUAGAAGAACCGGUGGUAAUCUGGCUUUCUGGUCUCCACAUUCCCGAGUCUUACCUCAUCGCUCACAUCCAGAUCGCGUGCCGUUUGUAUACUUGGCCGCUGGAUCGGUCCACACAGUUCACCAAAGUCACCAAGUGGACCUGCGCUGAUGAUAUCGAGGAGAGACCCGUCACGGGUUGCUACGUUCGAGGGUUGUACCUGGAGGGCGCUCGGUGGGACGUGGAAGACAGCUGUCUCAGACGGUCUCACCCUAAAGUGCUGGUCACAGAGCUUCCUGUCAUGUACAUCAUCCCCAUUGAAGCUCAUAAGCUGAAGUUACAGAACACCCUUCGCACCCCGGUGUACACGACAUCGACUCGUCGUAACGCGAUGGGCGUGGGUCUGGUGUUCGAAUCCGAUCUGUGGACCGCAGAGCACUGCAGCCACUGGAUCCUGCAGGGGGUGUGCCUCAUCAUGAACACUGAUUGAAUUAACGUCAUUCGUCAUGUCUAGUCAUCGUAAUUUAAUCUAGUCAUGAGAGCUAUGCAUCGUAAAAUAUUCAAUGUUUUUUUUUUAUUGUCAGAUUACUUUUCCUUUUUUGUACCUCCAAUUUAGUUGGGAGUCUGCCUAGCUGCUAAGUCAGAUGGAAAGGAAGGCUCAUUGCUCGUAAAUAGGUACAUCAAUACCCUUUCUUUUCAUGACCAAAUCUUUAUUCCAUGAUUGGAAUCUUGAUUGAAAAUGAAUUUUUAACAAAUAGGUCAGUUUCUGAAAAAGUGAUUAUGUUUAAUUUUUAUCUAGUUUGUCAACUUGCAUUUAAAUAUCAUUAAUUAACUUUUUGAAGUUAAGA